AUGAGUACAGUGGAAGUCGUUACAGAGAAGGUCAACGAUGGCCGUACUGGUGAUGUUACCCAAAUCCAAUACACCCAAUCGCAAAUGGUUGGUCAUGGAUCAUUUGGGGUUGUUUUCCAAACUACAAUUCUCCCUACUAAUGAAAUCGCAGCCAUUAAAAGGGUGUUGCAAGAUCGUAGAUUCAAGAAUAGAGAAUUACAAAUUAUGAAAUUGGUUCAUCACAGAAACAUUGUCGACUUAAAAUACUACUUUUAUACAAACAAUGACAAACAGGAAUUGUAUUUGAAUUUGAUUCUUGAGUUUGUACCGGAAACCCUUUACAAGGCUUCGCAUUAUUAUGUUCUGAAACGUUUGUCAAUGCCUGCUCUUGAAGUCAAGUUGUACACUUACCAAAUGUUUAGGGCUUUGAAUUACAUUCAUUCUCAAGGCAUCUGUCAUCGAGAUAUCAAACCUCAAAACUUAUUGAUCAACCCACAAACAAAUGAAUUGAAACUUUGUGAUUUUGGCUCAGCUAAAAUUUUGAACCCCAAUGAACCAAAUGUCAGUUAUAUUUGUUCAAGAUAUUAUAGAGCUCCAGAACUUAUUUUUGGUGCAACCAAUUACACUACUAAAAUUGAUGUAUGGUCUGCUGGAUGUGUCAUGGCCGAAUUAAUACUUGGUCAACCACUAUUCCCUGGAGAAAGUGGAAUUGACCAAUUGGUUGAAAUUAUCAAGGUUUUGGGUACUCCCACAAGAGAUCAAAUCAAAAAUAUGAAUCCAAAUUACAUGGAACAUAAAUUCCCCCAAAUCAAGCCAAUCCCAUUAUCCAAAAUUUUUAAGAAAAUGCUGGCAGAUUGCAUUGGGUUCCUUUCUCGUGUUUUGCAAUAUUCUCCUCUUGACCGGAUUAGUUGCAUUCAAGCACUUGUAGAUCCAUACUUUGAUGAAUUGCGUAAUCCUCAAACCAAAUUACCCAACUACAGAAAGUUAUUUUCACAGCAAUAUCAUGGCAACAAUUCUUCAACAGCUGAUGGAUCUUCAAGCAUUAGUAAUGGUGGUAGUGGGAUGAAUAAUGCCACUUAUCAAAUAUAUGCUUCUCAACCGGAUAUAAAGGAAUUGCCUGAAUUAUUUGAUUUUGACGAUCGAGAGUUAUCUGUGGAGCCAUCACUCAACGAGCAUUUGGUGCCAUUGUUUGCAUAUGAACGGUUGUUAUUACGUUCUGGACGUAAAGAUCUCGCUGAUUUUGUUCCCUUGUCACCUGAAGAGUUGAUUGUGACGUUGGAGUGA